AUGCAGUUCCUAAUGGACUGUGGUGUCCAUCCUGCUCAUACAGGCGUCUCUUCGUUACCAUUUCUCGAUUUGGUGAAUUUGGAAGAAAUAGACGCUGUCUUCAUCACACACUUUCACUUGGACCACGCUGCUGCAUUGCCCUUUCUGACGGAGAAGACGAAUUUCAGAGGGAAAGUGUUCAUGACUCACCCAACCAAGGCAAUUUUGAGAUGGCUUCUCAACGACUACAUAAGAAUUAUAAACUCAAAUUCAGAUGAGGAUUUCUACACAGAAAAGGAUCUAGAGAACUGCUAUAACAAAAUAACACCAAUCGAUUACCAUCAGGUCAUAGAGGUGUUAGAAGGAGUGAAAAUGACUGCGUUCAAUGCAGGUCACGUUUUAGGGGCAGCAAUGUUUAUGCUUGAAAUAGAACAAACAAAAUUGCUGUACACUGGUGAUUUCAGCAAAGAAGAUGACAGGCACCUGAAAAGUGCGGAGUCACCAGGAUGCAAGAUGGACAUUCUGGUGACUGAAAGCACCUACGGAACACAGUGUCACCUUCCCAGGGUGGAAAGAGAGGCGCGAUUCAUCAAAGUGGUCACGGAUGUGGUAGAAAGAGGCGGAAAGUGUCUCCUGCCUGUUUUUGCACUAGGAAGAGCACAGGAGCUGCUGCUGAUCCUGGACGAGCACUGGGAAGAGCAUCCUCGCCUGAAAAAGAUCCCAAUUUUCUAUGCUUCUGCAUUGGCUAAAAAGUGUAUGGGAAUCUAUCAAACUUACAUAAACAUGAUGAAUGAAAGAAUGCAGAGACUCAGCCUGACCAGAAAUCCAUUUGAAUUCAAGAACGUAGAGAACAUCAAGGACGCCAGGGCUGUCCGAGACGGUGGAUCGUGUGUCAUAAUGGCAUCUCCUGGAAUGCUGCAGUCUGGAGUCAGUCGCGACCUCUUUGAAAGGUGGUGUGGUGACUCAAAGAAUGGUGUCAUAAUCGCAGGAUACUCCGUAGAUGGCACACUCGCCAAGGAGAUUCUGAAAGAGCCAAAGGAAAUCGAAUCACAGCGUGGACAGAUGCUCAAGCUCAACAUGACAGUCGAAUACAUCUCAUUCAGUGCCCACGUCGACUACACCCAGAAUGCUGAAUUCAUCUACGACUGUAUGCCAAAUCACCUGUUUUUCGUACAUGGAGAGGCAACUGAAAUGAUGCGACUGAAGAACUCAAUUCAGGCGAAGAACGAGAAGGAUGGAAUUGAAAUGGAGUUGUAUACGCUCAGAAAUGGAGAAGAGGCAGGUGUUCCAGUUCUGGUCAGAAAUGAUUGUAGGGUUCAUACAGCCAAAACUGAAUUCGAUGGAUUGAUAGUCAAAACUGGUAAAGAUGUGGAUGUUUACGAGUUGGAUGAUGCAAUUGGAAACGAGUUCAUGGCGGUCACUCUCACACAGAGGCAGAAGAUACCAUUUAAUUCGACAUUUGAUUUGGUACGAAGCAUAUUGAUCAAUGAUUUUGACGCAGUCGAAGAGAAUGGGAAGUUUCAGAUUGAAAAUGUUCUGGUUUUCAGUGACAAGGAUGAGGUUGUCAUAGAAUGGGAAAAUGACUACUGCAGUGAUAUCGUGGCAAUGGCACUCUUCAAGGCAUUGGACGACUUAGGAGACACCUCAAAGAGCAUUCGCCUUCUUAAAAUGCAAGAGAAAGAGGCACUAAUCAAUGCAUUGAAAGGAUACUUCGUAGACGUGAAAGAGAAGAACAAGAAGAUCAUAGUGGAUGGGAUUGUGGAAAUCAAGAACGGAAUAGCGAGUGGAAAGGAGGCAGAGAAGGUGGAACAAGUCCAAGGAAUCUGCAACAAAAUUCAGGCACUUUAUCAUGCGCAUUGA